GACAUCUGGCAACCCGGUGUGGAAAUUGUUUUCCGACAGCUGUGACUGUGGAUCGUGUUGUGAAAAAUUUGAUUUUUUGCGUUUUUUAGGGAAAAUUUAUAGGAUUUUGGGGCAUUUUCCUCGUCAAUCAACUCCUGAUUAUCUCUCGCACCUGUGAUUGUUCAAAUACUUCACAUUAAAUCAUGCCACGAGGAAAAUUUGUGAAUCACAAAGGGCGCAGUCGCCACUUUACCAAUCCGGAAGAACUGGAGGAAGAGCGCCUGAAGGAGCAGAAGAAGAAGUCCCUGAAACAGACGGAGAGUGAUAGCGAAAGUGCUGAAGAGGAAGAAGAGGACGAGGAUUCCGAAGGAGGCGAUGGAGAGGAAGACGAAGAGGAAGACUCUGAGUCAGAUGGGAAGCCCAAAGGUGUCUCAGGGCUAAUUGAAAUUGAGAAUCCCAAUCGAGUGACCAAGAAACUGAGCCAGAAAGUUGGUAGGAUAAAUCUGGAGGAAGGAACGUCCAAGCCAGAACUCACGAGGCGCGAGCAGGAGCAGAUUCAGAAGCAGAAAGCUCGUAGGCAGUACAUGAAGCUCCAUGCUGAGGGCAAGACGAAGCAGGCACGUGAAGAUCUGGCACGAUUGGCUAUCAUAAAGCAGCACAGGGCAGAGGCAGCUGCACGAAGGGAGCAGGAAAAGAAGGAGAAAGAGGAGGCACGGAAGAAGGCAUCGAAUGCAUGAUAGUGCAAGGACGAUCAGCCAGAAGCAUCCGCCCCCAGAAUUCCCCUCUCAAUCCUCGACAACCUGGACAAAAUCUGGAUAUUCACCGAAUUUUCCUCCCUAAAGGCACAUCUAUACUGAAAUUUGUUUUUACAUUUAAGAAAAUGUGUUUCUAGUGGAAUAAAUAAUAUUCAUCGCCAAAAAA